AUGGCCUGCAUGGUCGAGCCCCAGCGUGUGGGCUAUGAUUAUGUCCCACUCUCCUCGUUCGCCUCGCAUCAUGGGGAAGAGGUGUUCUUCGACGCCGUGGUCUACGGUGUCGAGAUCUUCGACAUUGAACGAGUCGAAAGGCCACACUGCCCCUUGCCGCCAGACCGAGGACCGUCCAACGUCCGGUUGCUCGUCAUGGACCGCAACGGCUGUGGUAUUGGGUGUCGCAACAGGGAAGAGGUGCAGCCAUGUGUCGUCACCGACGAAAGCGAUGCGUUUGCCAUGCCUGCGCGCCUGGGCCAACCAGUUAUCCUCGACAAUGCGUUCGCCUCCGAAAUUGCUCCCCGCAUCGACGAACGUGGGUAA